AUUCGUGCGAAGUCGGGAGGUCCUUCCGCGCAAACUAGUGACACUGACAGAAAAGUGGGCUGGUGGUUCACUGGUGGAGUGUUCUGCGGGUGUACGUGUAUGACAUAACGAGGAUAACCGGCCCUAGACAGAGUGACGUGCACUAAUGGGGGAGUUCAGUUUGAGUGGCAACGCGAACAUCGGUUUGAGUGCUGUGGAGAUCCCCGUGAACACGUCGAAGAGCAGCACGAUCUUCUACACCACACCUACGUCGACGUCGACGAGCGGCAGCGACUCCUCCGUCCUCCAGGCCGCGAGCCGGCCGAUGCAGGAUGAGGACAAGGCCGGCAGCGGCGAGGAGGCCCCCGAGAAGGGCAAGGAGGACGCCGAGCUCGAGAAGCUGGAGGCGGCGUCCACGAAGGCCGCGGCCUCGCUGCCGCUCUUCCACCCCGCCGAGGGGGGCGCCCCGGCGCUGUGGUCGGCGGCCGUCGAGGACUCGUACGCCCCCAUGAGCGUCAACGGCCUCGGCUUCCAGAACUUCCCGUCCCCGAACCAGCAGCAGCUGUUCGGCAACAACCAGAGCCAGGGCCGGCGGGCCAUCACGGCCAGCCACAACUUCCCGCACAUGGGCCGCCAGUCCGGCCACCCGCUCUACAAGGGCUACGGCUCGUGGGCCAGCCCGGGCCAGACGAGCUGGUCGGGGGGCUCCUCGGCCUGGAACCGCGGCCGCAGCGUGCCCAACCUCACGCCGCUCCAGCAGAUGGGGGUCGCCGGCCGGAAGCCCAGUCCCACCUUCAACCACCAACAAGUCAUAUCUCCAGUCAAAUUCAGACGCAGCACCUCCUAUCCGGGCAAAGGGCCCUUUCCCCAGCCCGCUCCCACCUUCGAAAUCACCAACAUGGAUGAGGCCAGAGAUCUGCUUCCCUAUCAGGACCGGUGUGGUGUAGUGAACGCGAAUGGAAGUAGUCCUUUAGAAAAUAUGAGAGGCCUAGAACAUUAUUUGAAUGAUAUAAUGAGACCACCUCAAGACUCAACGGAUAUCAAAGGGUUUAUCAACUGCAAUACCAAUGCUUUCCAGUCACUGACACAGUUACAUGGGAAAUCGUCUUACUUCCAAGUUUUAGAUGACCAGCCCGGGCCUGUACUGCUCGAAGAGCCGCACUUAGUGGAUAGUACGUUAGGUGGUGCCCAGCCUCUGAGUUCCCCAUCGAGGUCUUCGCCGCACUCGCAGGGCUCGGAAGGCGGGGAGAGAUUUUCGCGUAAAGUAUUCGUCGGGGGCCUGCCACCGGACAUAGAUGAAGACGAAAUCACGGCUAGUUUCCGACGAUUCGGACCCCUCGUCGUCGACUGGCCCCACAAGGCCGAAAGCAAAUCGUAUUUCCCCCCGAAAGGAUAUGCAUUCCUAUUAUUCCAGGAUGAAAAUUCUGUACAAAGUCUAAUAGAUGCGUGCAUUACGGAUGAAGAUAAACUGUAUCUUUGUGUAUCGUCGCCAACAAUCAAAGACAAGCCUGUACAGAUUAGACCAUGGAGGUUGUCGGAUGCGGAUUUCGUUUUAGAUGCUUCUAUGCCGUUGGACCCUCGGAAGACCGUCUUCGUCGGCGGGGUUCCACGUCCCCUGAAAGCUGUGGAAUUAGCUAUGAUAAUGGAUCGUCUCUAUGGUGGGGUGUGUUAUGCUGGCAUUGACACUGACCCAGAGCUCAAGUAUCCAAAAGGUGCAGGACGAGUAGCGUUUAGUAAUCAGCAGAGUUAUAUCGCUGCAAUUAGUGCACGUUUUGUCCAACUGCAACACGGUGAUAUUGACAAAAGGGUGGAAGUGAAACCUUACGUCCUCGACGAUCAGAUGUGUGAUGAAUGUCAAGGACAGCGUUGUGGUGGCAAAUUUGCACCUUUCUUCUGUGCUAACGUGACUUGUUUGCAGUACUAUUGCGAACACUGCUGGGCGACAAUUCACUCGAGGCCUGGACGAGAGUUUCAUAAGCCCUUGGUAAAGGAGGGUGCGGAUCGACCAAGAGCUGUUCCUUUCCGCUGGUGUUAACGCAGGAGCGCUUAGUCAGCGGCCGCCACUUUUAGCUUAUUACCACCGGCGGCACGGCUGUCCAUCGCAUAGGCAUAAUUAUCUAGUAGCAAUUAUACAUAUUUAAAGUAUACAUGUAACCAGUUAUCUUCUGUCUGAGGCGCCUGGUGGUAGCGGAUUCCACUGCACCAGCACCAGCCGAUGCGUCUGCGUUCAGCCAUUGUCCGACUACGAUGUGUAUCGCUGUAUUUCGAGACGAGAAGCCUCCUUUUGGUUCUAUGUCUAGUUCUUGUAGGUAAUCAAAAAAAGCAAAAAAUAAAAUAAAUAGUAGAGAAAAAUCGGGGAAGGAACCAAGAGGUACUUCUGCAUAUGAUGUUUAGUGCGGUAUAGUCAGAAACUUUCAGGGUAUUGUAAAUACUAGUCUAAUCUGCAAGCCGCUGCUGGGCAGAGGAUCUUCGCUUGCGGCGACCACUUACCACUUAGCCCCCAAGUACCUGACCGGCCCGCCUUUGCCCGUGUCCCGCUAUUAAGCCCCUUUAAUAACACUAACCCACCUGGCUUUCCCGCUGCCCCGCAAACCUGCUGCUUUAUGUCCGCACUCCUACCAUCCUUUAUUUUAAUGUGUGAUACCAUAAACGUCUUUAUGUAUUAAAUGAAUUGCACGGAUAUGUAUAGUAUAUAUUAUAUAUAGUAUCAGCUAUUCUAAGACUUUGUAUUUUUUAAAUUUGAAUUUUUAUACUAAACUGUUAUAAAUGGUGAUUAGCAAAAGUUUGAUGUGUGCAAUAAUUGCGCUUGGGGUAGCCCAGCUGACCUCGGCGCCGUAGAGUUUUAUCUUUAACCGUAAUUAAUGAAUAUAUAACGUUUCCUAGGUAAUUGUGUAAAUAGGCGCGGGGCGAUGAGAUUGCAGGCCGUACCCCUAAACGUCUAGUCAGGGUGCAGCCACCCGGCCCGUGCGAACCAUCUACAAUAUGGUACAAAUAUGUAUUGAUAUGAUUUGUAAAGAUUUACACUCCUUUUUCUACUGUUUGUAUAUUUGCUCGCCUGCCCUGUGGGGAGUAGAUGAUAGUUGAAACGGACAAGACCGUAUCAUAUUCUGUAGACAGUUGUCAUUUUGAUCUAACGAUUACAUAACUUUUUAUCCGUUUUUGAGAUUUAGAAGUGUGUGCAGUCAGAUUGUUUCGAAACUGAUUGUAUCAUUUUCAUAUUUUUACUAUGUAAGCUGUGUAUUUAUUGGAAAAUUUUUAAAGUUGUAUACAUUUUUUACUUUUUAUAACUGUUUUCAAGCAAAUUUUUUGAGUUAUUAUUUACUAUUUUAUAUGUGGAUAUGGACAGUCACAACUGCGACCAGUCUGAAAUGAAACUGGCAACAAGUACUGUGUUUCCAGUUUGAUUGUAGUUACCAUUAGUGCAAUACAUCGGGCUGUUGCCUCGAUUAGGGAUAGUCAAUUGUUUCAGAUCCUUAUUGUUGCCCAAAUGGAUCUUUCAGUUUUGCCCGGUUUGUUGACCGUUGGCUACUUGACUAGCAACAAACUAGUUUUUUAUUAUUAUUCUAACUAUUAUUAUUAUUUUUUUGUAUUUUACAGAAUACUAUUUAAAUUGUUUUUAUAAUUAUUUUAUACACUUUUGUAUGUUUGUUAGUCAAUUUGAGAUAGGGUUUGUAAAACUGUGUAUAAACAGUUUCUCCUUUAAGAUUUUGUUAAAUAUCAGACUUUUUAUGUUUUUUAUAAAUAUUAUAUAAAAUGUCAAUUUGUGUUUAUUUGAUAAACUGCUGUUAAACUUCAA